UCGUCCGGUCAUCCCGGGGUGCGGUGGGGCGGCGGUGAUAAACCGAUGAUUAAAUAAGUUUUGCUGACUUUCCCCUUUUAAUUGUCAUGACUUCCUCCCGCGUCACACCGGCAUAUUCAUUGAUUCCGCUCUGCCGGGACAGUGGGUGUGAUUCACACCCAAGGCUAUCCCUUUCCUUGGACGCUGUGUCACAGUGAUCCGGAGAUAUUAAAAGUCUAGUGGACGAAAGGGGUGAGCAGAACUGAGGCCCGUGAGACCUGCUUUUCCAGAACUCUGGCCUGGAGCCUCCUGCAAAAUACAUAAAAAUCAAAAGAAUUCUGAGCCUACAAACUUACUCUGAAUGCAAGGAGUGAUUGCAGUUGGGAGCCAAAGACCCACAGAUUUUUCUGAGUAAAUCCAGAUCUACAUUCUGCCAACCUUGCUUUAUAAUACAGGACGCAGUUGAGCCAAGAUGAGCUGGAGUUUCCUGACACGUCUCCUUGAGGAGAUCAACCAGCACUCAACCUUUGUGGGAAAGGUGUGGCUGACUGUGCUGAUUGUCUUCCGCAUUGUUUUAACUGCUGUGGGUGGCGAGUCCAUCUACUAUGAUGAACAGAGCAAGUUUGUUUGCAACACCGGACAGCCUGGCUGUGAGAACGUUUGCUAUGAUGCUUAUGCCCCCCUCUCGCAUGUGCGGUUCUGGAUCUUCCAGAUCAUCAUGAUAGCCACACCGUCUGUCUUGUACUUGGGCUUUGCGCUACACCGACUCUCGCGCCAGCCUCCCCGGAAAAAACGAGCACCAGUGGUGACACGUGGGGCUGUUCGUGACUAUGAAGAGGCUGAGGACAAUGGUGAGGAGGACCCCAUGAUCUUUGAGGAGGUCGAGCCAGAGACAGAGGUGAAGGAGCCCCAGAAUCAGAAACAUGAUGGCCGCCGGCGCAUCAAGCAGGAUGGGCUGAUGGCUGCAUAUGUGUUGCAGCUCCUAUGCCGUUUGGCAUUUGAGGUGGCGUUUUUGGUGGGGCAGUACAUCCUGUACCGCUUUGAAGUGAACCCUUCAUAUAUAUGCUCUCGCAGUCCUUGCCCCCAUACUGUGGAUUGCUUUGUCUCCCGCCCCACUGAGAAAACCAUCUUCCUUUAUAUCAUGUAUGCAGUGAGUGUGCUUUGUCUGCUGCUCAAUAUCUGUGAACUACUCCACUUGGGCUUUGGUGGGAUCCUUGACGCUCUCCGUGGCUUUGAUAAGGAUAGCGGUGUCCCUCCCAAGCCCCAGUAUGCACAGAAAGAUCCCACGGCGCCCCCUACUUAUCAUUCCAUCAAGAAGCAGCCUUCUAAGGGCCAGCUGGCCAAGGACAAGCUGACAUACAGGGGAGAAGGCUUGGCCAGCAUGGCUGCUGAGCGCUAUGCUGUUGGGCCUGGCCUCCCAAGCCAUGAAUUGGAGCGACUGCGCAAGCACCUCAGGCUGGCACAGGAGCACCUAGAAAUGGCUUUCCAUCUGCACCCAGAGGACACUGCCAGCCCCUCCCGUAGCAGCAGCCCUGAGUCUAAUGGGCUGGCCGCAGAACAGAACCGGCUCAACUUGGCUCAUGAGAAGGAAGGUGCUGCCUGUGAGCGAACAACUGGCCUCUGAAGCCUCACUGUGUCUCACUGGGCAGUAGCAAAGAUGACAACAGGAAACUGUCUUGUGGAGAAUUGGCAGCAUAUGAAUGUGUGCUCCUCGUCUGAACUUUGGAAAUGCCCUGACAGACUGUGUGGGGGAAUGUGGAUGGACUCUGAUCUUGUGGAUUGAGGGCAAGAGUAGGGAAUGGGGGCUAACCUCCAUACUCCUGCCUUCAGAGGGUGGGAAGCUGUAGUGGGGUACCUUCAGAGGUCUAGCUCUGUGUACGUAAAUGAGUGUAUGUCUUUGUUUUUUAAGGGUCUAAAAGGGAAACUUAUUUUUUUACUUUUAUAUGUGUUGUAGAGGUACUAUUUUGUAUGUCUAGGAUUUUUUUUAAAAAAAUCUGUUUUUCUCUAGAAGGACUUUAGGUAGCUUUGAGACAGCCUCCCCAUCUCUAUUUCCUGUUGAAGUUUACUAUAUGGAGUGGGGAGUGAGCAGGUGAGAGAAGAAGGAGGGGUCCACAACUCAGAUUUCUCUCCAAAGAGAUAGAUGGGCACUGUGGCCUCCUCUUUUGCUCGCCCCCCCCCCCAGCGGCAGUUUAUAGAAGAGAUUGGUGGUCGGGCCAAAGAAGUCUUUUACAUUCCAAGAUGCUGUUUCGUAGACAGUGUCUGCCUUCCUGCCCUCUGUGGGGUGCAGUAUUGGGUUCUCAUAUGAAUUGCAGUGGGACCCUCCACAGUUGGAUCAUCUCAGAGAUCAACAUGAAAUGCAUUUGUAUUUUUUUCCUUUUUAUAUGGUUUACUGGAAUAGUUACAAAGUUGUAUCUCUUUUAUAUGAAUAUAUAUAUUUGGUAAAAAUCCAAGGAUUGUUUUAUAGGAA